AUGAGUGUGCGCGAAUCACGUUCUCUUCUCCGCAAUGCCCUCGCGGGCGUCGACGCAGCGCGCCGAGCAGAGCUGGUGGAGUGGGCGGAUCAGGGCUCGGGGAACUGGGAAUCGGAUGCGCAAGAUGCGGGCGUGCGUGAACCGUCCUCGUCCGCAGCGCAACCCAUGUCGCGGGCCGCGCACGAUAUCGGUGUUAGUAGGCUGCGCCCGGCAACAUGCGAAAGCGCCAGCACCAGCGACAGGCGGCAGUGGGCGGGGGCGGGGAUAGGAAAGAGCGCAUCCGUGCUUUCCGCGCACGAUGUAACCGUUACGCGGAGCAUGUCCCCGCUGGAUGACUCAGUCCCCCGCAUUGCCCCCCCGCGCUCGCCCGGCGGAACCCGCGGGUUGGGGGAGCGGAGCGUGACUGAGCGGACGUUGCGGGGGAGGGGCAUGGCGGCGGUUGCGUUAAGUAGCAGCAUGCAGCGGUCCGCCACUCUUGCACGGUACCUUCAAGACCAAAGUUUCCGAGAGCAUGUGCGACAGAGAGUAGGCACGUGGGUGCUAGAGCAAGGCAGUGCGACGUCCUCGGGGACUGCGACGACGGCGACGGCGUCGGCGACGACAACUGCGACUUUCGGCGAUCUCCGUCGUCAGCAGCAUAUCCUGGACCUGCUGCGAGUUCGCUUGCUGCAGAAGCGGCAGGCAACGAGCCGCGGAUGGGAGAAUGGGGGGGUGGGAGGAGAGGAGGACGAGGAGGCGGAGGAGGAGGAGGAGGAGGAGGAGGAGGAGGAGGAGGAGGAGGAGGAGGAGGAGGAGGAGGAGGAGGAGGAGGAGGAAGAGGAGGGCCCGGAGCUUGUGCGAACGAAAACAAUGCGUCGCAGCCUGUCGCUUCCCGAGUCAGAAUUCGACGAGCUGGUGUCGCCUCUAGUCGCACGCGGCGCCGACCGUUCCGCCGGCGGCCUGUACCUCAUCGGUCGGGACGGCAUGGACGGCACCAGGGCGAGUGGUGGGAGCAGCGGUGGCAGUGGCGGCGGCGGCGGAGCCGUUCCCGAGGUGGGUCUGCUCCGCAGCGCCGUUGGCCAGUCGCUGCUCGUAUCACGCACGGGUAGGUGGGAGAUCGAACCGCAAUCCACUCUGAGACGCCUCCGCCUACCGCGCAAGGAAUCCCCGCUGCUCUUUGCGGAUCGCGCAGGCCGUGCACAAUCGAGCGCGCGCGCGGACGGCUGGGGAGGGAGGGGAGACGAGGGAAUCGGGGGACGGGUUGAGGCGGGGGAAUGCUGGGAGGGCGCGGGCACCGAUUAUGUAGCGCGUGCGGGGAGCGCGGAAGAGCGGACGGCGGACGUGCAGGGGGCUUCCGCGGAGAGGUUCUUGCGGAGUGCUGGGGGACGUGCAGGAGGUGCUGCGGGCGGGGGAAUGGGUGGGGGAAUGGGAGGGGGAAUGGGCGGGGGAAUGGGCGGGGGAAUGGCCGGGGAAGACGUUAGACGGGGAAGGGAGUUCCCAGGGACUUCAGCCAUGGGCCCUGUUUCCCCCAAAGGCUACACUGCCUUGCAGGAUAGUAUCCCGGGCACCAUGGGCGGCCGACAGGCGGAAGAGAGAUCCAGGGCGGACGAUCUUGGGCUCUCCGCGGGAUUGGGCGGCCAGGGCGCGCACCUCCCCGGAAGCAGCGGCGGAAUGGGCGCAGUCCCGCUGCUUUCCGCCAUGCCCAAGUCGCUGAGCAUGCCCGCAGAAGGGAAGGCGGGUGUGCGGGAGAGGCGUGGGCUCCACAGGGGGGUGUCUGUUGCUGCGUCUCCUUCUGUUUCGUCCGGUACCUUUGUUUCCUCUGCUUUGUCUUCGUCCGUGUCACGACAUCUGCGGCGCACGGUGACAGAUCCAACGGAAAGGGGGAGAGGGCAGGAGAGUGUUGUGGCUGCUGCUGCUCCCGCUUCUGCUGCUACGACUGCUGCUGCUGCUGCUUCUGCUGGUGGUGCUGGUGGUGGUUCUGCUGCUACUGGCAGUGCGAGCGGAGUGCCUGUCUCCACAGCACAAGCAACAGGGACGGCGGCAAUGGAAGGGGUGGGAGGCGAGGUGAUGGCAUGGGCGGUUCGUGCGGUGCAGUGCGGUGCUGUUCCUCCUCCUGCUGCUGUUCGCCAGGCUGCCGGCUUGCGGUCAAACAAGUCAAGACGGUCAAGACACUCAAGCAAAGGCCAGCAGCAGCAGCAGCAGCAGCAGCAGCAGCAGCACAGUGGCUUGGCAGAGGCAGGUACGGCUGCUUCUGCUGUGCCUGGUGCUGCUGCUGCUGGUGCUGGUGGUGCUGCUGCUGCUGCACCAGGAGGAGCGUGGAGAAAGCAAGGCAGGACCGCAGCAGUGGUGUCUGAAGGCGUGAGUGCGUGGGUGGGGAGUGUAACCGAGGGAAUGGUCACAGGGCAAAGGAGAGCGAGGGUGCCGGCUCACGCGCGGUUACACGACGACGAAGGGCCGUGUGUGGACGAGUCCGUUCUCAAAGACAUGGACCUCCCACUCUUCUUCCACUCAGGCCCUCCCUUACAGCACAUGCUCGCUCUCGGCCUGCCUCCUGGUGCCUUCCUGCCGAAUUCUACUGUGGAAGCACGAGGAGGAGAGGGGGAAGGAGGAGGUGGAAUGGGUGGAGAAGGAGUAGGGGGAACGGCAGAGGCCGGUGGUGUUGACACGACGACGACCACCACCGCCACCACGGCCAGCAGCAGCAGCAGGCGUGCAUACGCACAGCGAGUCUUCCGCACGAGCCGCUUUCCCCUCUCUCUCGGUGCAGUCGUGUCAGCUUUAUCUGACCACAUGGGUUCGUUAGCGCCUCCCGGCUCCUCUCUCGCCCUCACUGCUGCCACAGCCGCCGCUGCUGCCGUUGCUGCGGCUGCUUCUGCUGGGGGAGUGGCGGCCGCAUCUUCCUCCUCCCUCUCCCCCGUGCCCGUCGCCUCUCCAUGGAAGUCGUCUUCCGUUUCCCUGCUCUCAUCCCCUGCUCCUCAACCUCCUCUCCCUCCUCACCCUCCUCAGCCUUCUCACCCUCCUCAGCCUCCUCAACUGCCUCUGACCACACCUGCUGCUGCUGUUCCUGCUGCAGCUUCUGCUCCCUGGGGAGCUGUUGAGAACGUGCUUUCCCAGUCUGUGCCUGUGCCUGUUCCUGUCCCUGUGAGUCAAAAUUCCACACACCGUCGCAGCCAACCCCUGGUUAAAGGAAAGCUGAAUCCGGCUUCUCCUGCUGCUGCCGCCACCGCUACCGCCGCCGCCGCCACCGCCGCCGCCACCGCCACCGCCGCCAACGGCAAUAGUAGCAUCACCUGUAUCAACACGAGCAUCAGCAGCAGCAGGAGCAGCAGCAGCAGCAGUUUGCAGUCCCUUAGCCAGCAACCCCAUCGUCUUCCCCCCUCACUUGACCCAAAGACCACACUUCCUCUUCCCCCAUCCUCCCCCUCCCCACCCCAGCUUACACUCCCCACUCCCUCACUCCUCCCCUUCCCCCCAACUCACCCCACCACCUCUCUCUCCUAUUCGCCGCACCCCCCUCGCGUCCCUCCCCGCCCCACUGCGUCUCUCUCCCCUCGCCGAGCACAUGUGGGUGUGCAUGAGAGAGAGGGGGAGGGCGUGAGGGGGUGGGGAGGAGGGGAGGGGGUGAGAGGAAGCCGUGGGCCCAUUAGUGGAUUAAAAUUGGAUGGGCUGGAAGGUGAUGGCAAAGAGGCUGCGGUGGGGUUGGCUUCUAAGGGAGCUGUUGCUGCUUCUGCUCCUCCUGCUGCUGCUGCUUCUGCGAGUGGUGAUGCUGGUGCAAGAGGAGUGAAUGGGAGUCGUAGCUACCGCGGCAGGAAUGCUACCCUUGGUAUUGCUGCUCCUGCUGCUGCUGCUGCUGCUGCUGCUGCUUCCGCUGCUCCUGCUUCUGCUACUGGUAAUGGUGGUGCUAGUCGAGGUGCUGGUGCUGGUGUUUCACUGCCGCCGAGCGAUCCUCCAAACGAGCACCAGCAUCCGUCUCCUCCCUAUCCCCUCAUUCUCCCACACCCACCUCCUCACAGCAACACGUCCCCCCCUCGUCCCUCUCCCCACACUCGCCUCUCCCACUCCUCGUCGUCCUCCUCCUCCACUUCUCACCACCACCCUAGCACCACCCCUGCUUCAGCCAGUAGUUCUGCUUCCACCAGCCUCCCCGCCAGCAGUAGCAAGGUUCUGGGGAGUGCAGCAGGGGAGAGACACCAAGGGCUGGAUAACACUCGUGCUGCUGCCAGGACUGUGCCUCUCUCCUCUCUCUCCCCUGCUAACGGCGCUCUUUCCUCCUCCACUGCCAACGGCCCUGUGAUUGGGACUUCUAUUCCCAAUGGUUCUGAAGUGUAA